CCGAUUGCGGUACCUCCUGGUUCUCUCUGCUUUGUUCUCUUCUCUCACUGAGCAGCUCAGUCACAAACGCCACGCUUCGUCGGCGAUUCACCAGCAGAGGUUUAAGGGUUCACACAUACAAACGCAAGCUAGGAAGGCAACUGGUAGCUAGCUAUCUGCACCUCGGAGAGAGAUGUCGAGCCGCCGUGGCAGGAUCACCGACGAGGAGAUCAACGAGCUCAUCUCCAAGCUGCAGGCUCUCCUCCCGGAGUCCUCCCGCCGCCGGACCGCGAGCCGGUCGUCGGCGUCGAAGCUGCUGAAGGAGACGUGCGGCUACAUCAAAAGCCUGCACCAGGAGGUGGACGACCUCUCCGACCGGCUGUCGGAGCUCAUGUCCACGCUCGACGACGCCAGCCCCCAGGCCGAGAUCAUCCGGAGCCUCCUCCGCUAGCUGAUUUAGUAUAUCCUACAUUGCCAGUAGCUACCAUAACUAUAUAUAUUAGCUUCAAUUCAUCGACUGGUAAUGGAGAUGAGGAGACAAGAGAAGAGAAGAUGACAAUCCCUCCAAAAAAAGCGAAGAGAAGAUGAUAAGAGAGGCAUAGCAUUUUUUUAGCGCUUCUUGUUUCUUUUCCUUCCGGAUCCCCGUCUCCUGGUUUGUGUGUGUUUGUUUCUGAGGUAGUCACGGGCCCUCAUUUAGUAGAAGGGCAUUGGCUUUCAGUAUAUGUUUCAUAUUUGCGACAAGGCUGGUACUCCACUUAGUAGAGGUUGAUAUACAGUAGGAGUAUAUGAUACUUCUGUUGAUCAACCGAGUGCACUACUAGCUACUCCUAUAUGUAUUUGUAGUUCCUAGUUCUAAGUGGUGUAUGUGCUGUUGUAGGCAUUGUAGCUGCUCUUAGAUUGAGAUAUAUCCUCCCCACAAGCUAGAGGUGUUGUUUUACA